AUGUCAAGCAAACAGCAAUGGGCUAAUUCGGCCAUUCAAAGUGAUUCGAGUGGAAGGUCACUCAGCAAUGUGAACAGGCUAGUAGAAGAUCAACAGUCUAUUAAUGACCGUGCACUAUCUUUGUUACAAAGAACAAGAGCAAGAAAAAAUCUUUUUCCAAAAAGAGAAGAAAGAAGACGAUAUGAAGGUCCACAAGAUGACAUGAUUUUUGAAGAAAACCAUGAAGGCCAAGCGGAAAACUUGGAAACAGAGACAGAAAACGAGGAUGAACGUGAAAUGGAAACAGAGGUUCCAGACGCUACCCGAACACAUUCAUACGCUCUAGAUAGAUAUGUUAGGCAGAAAAGGAGACAAAAACAAAUGAAGCAGGGUUUGAAACGCGUAGAAAAGAAAUACAGUCCCAGUGAAUUAGCUCUGUACGAAAUCAGAAAAUAUCAACGUUCUACAGAUUUGCUUAUCUCUAAAAUUCCAUUUGCAAGACUGGUAAAAGAAGUUACAGACGAGUUUACAACUAAAGACCAAGAUUUGCGCUGGCAAUCGAUGGCGAUCAUGGCGCUACAGGAGGCAAGUGAAGCAUACUUGGUGGGGCUAUUGGAGCAUACCAACCUACUUGCGCUGCAUGCGAAGAGAAUAACCAUAAUGAAGAAGGAUAUGCAACUAGCAAGGAGAAUUAGAGGACAGUUCAUUUAA